CUACUACUCCCAGAAGAAAAUUAGGCGCGCCGCGAGAGAUAAAAGAGAGAGAGAGAGAGAGAGAGAGAGAGAGAGAGAGAUGGAUUUGGGGAUGAGGGAGUGGUGCCAUGCGAUUCCCAAAAUUGAGCUCCACGCACACCUAAAUGGCUCCAUUAGGGAUUCCACUCUACUAGAACUCGCAAAAGGGCUGGGUGAAAAGGGGGUCAUCGUUUUUGAAGACGUAAAACAUGUAAUCAUGAAAAAUGGUAGAUCAUUGCCAGAGUGCUUCCAGCUUUUUGAUUUGUAUCACAUACUUACAACUGACCAUGAAACAGUAACAAGAAUCACUAAAGAAGUUGUUGAAGAUUUUGCAGCUGAAAAUGUCGUCUAUUUAGAGCUAAGAACAACUCCGAAGAAAAAUGAAGCUAAAGGGAUGACCAAGCGCUCCUACAUGAAAGCAGUAAUUGAUGGUCUAAGAUCUGUUGAUACUGUCGAUGUUGCUUUCAUCAACUCGAGCAGGGAGAACUGUCUCGAAUCUGCAGUUUCAAGCAGUACACAUGGCAAGAUAGAGAGAAAACGAAUUUUUAUCCGUCUCCUUCUAAGUAUUGACCGUCGUGAGACUACUGAAGCAGCAAUGGAGACGAUUGACUUGGCAAGAGAGAUGAAGGAUUUUGGGGUGGUUGGUAUCGAUCUUUCUGGCAAUCCUGUUAUUGGGCAGUGGGAGACCUUCCUCCCGGCUCUAAAGCAUGCCAAGGAUUUAGGACUCCCUAUUACCAUCCACUGUGGAGAGGUACCUAACAGGAAAGAGAUCCAAGCAAUGCUGGACUUCUUUCCUCAAAGAAUGGGCCAUGUUUGCUGCCUUGAAGACGAAGAAUGGAGAAGGCUCAAGUCACUAAAGAUUCCGGUUGAGAUAUGUUUGACAUCUAAUGUCCGAACUGAGAGAGUUCCUUCUGUGGAAUUUCAUCAUUUUGUUGAUCUGUACAAGGCACAGCACCCACUGGUCCUGUGCACCGACGAUCCGGGUCUGUUCUCUACAAGCCUGUCGAAUGAGUACUACCUUGUUGCCGUGACAUUUGGGCUCAACAAGGGUGACAUGCUUCAGCUAGCUCGGAAGGCGAUUGAGCAUGUUUUUGCUGAUAAUGGAGUGAAGCAGUAUCUAACAGAGAUAUUUGAGGAUGCUCAGAGAAGACUAGGACUACAGAAUAUGCAUCACAUACCCUGAAGAAUUAGAAGCAGGCCAUUAGUACAUAGCUAAUAUUAAUAUCUGCACAUUCUAAUAAUUCCUAUUCAAAAAGGCCUUGCAUUCUUGUUCUGAUUCAAUCUCAUUGUGAGACAUUAUUGUAAGAAAAGUAUUGUAAGAAAAGUAAUAUACGGUAUUCGGGUUAACGCGAUGACAAGUAUUUUGCCUUUGAAGAUUUGGUUA